AGUGUGCAGCAGAGGUGAGAGGGGUGUAGUGUGCAGCAGAGGUGAGAGGGGUGUAGUGUGCAGCAGAGGUGAGAGGGGUGUAGUGUGCAGCAGAGGUGAGAGGGGUGUAGUGUGCAGCAGAGGUGAGAGGGGUGUAGUGUGCAGCAGAGGUGAGAGGGGUGUAGUGUGCAGCAGAGGUGAGAGGGGUGUAGUGUGCAGCAGAGGUGAGAGGGGUGUAGUGUGCAGCAGAGGUGAGAGGGGUGUAGUGUGCAGCAGAGGUGAGAGGGGUGUAGUGUGCAGCAGAGGUGAGAGGGGUGUAGUGUGCAGCAGAGGUGAGAGGGGUGUAGUGUGCAGCAGAGGUGGGUGGACAGCCUCACAUCAUGUACAUGGCAUCCUGUAGAGCAUAGCUCUAGCUGCAUGGCACAGAGAGGACAGCUUAGUUAGGCAGGGUGAUUUUUAGAACAGGGGAUGUCUCGCCCCUCACGUCCUCCCGCAGGGGACAUCCCCAGAAACCUGAGUUACAUUGCCGGAUUGUAUGAGCGAGCCUAUUACCGCACAGCCAGACCCAGCAUAGAGGAGCACGAUGAGGCAGAAGAAGGAGCGUCCUCUCCCGGCCUCUCCUGUACAGUGAAAGACCAGAGCGCUCCUCGGAGGUGGAGAUCACGAUCCGCGCCUGCACUGCGUGUGUCCCGGGCGGAGCGCCACCGAAGUCCGGAGACCAGGAAGAGAGUGCGCUUUGCUGAUGCAUUAGGCUUGGAGCUGGAGUCUGUCCGCCACUUCAGACGUGAAGACAUUCCCCGUAUCCCUCCGCAUGUCACCCAUCGACUGCAGAAAGAGCUGCUGGAACAGCUCGGAGGUUCUUGCAUGGCCAGGGAGGAUGCGAGUUGGUGCGAGGCCCGUCAUGCUUUAUCCUCCUCGUGGGUAGUAGAGCGUGGAACAUGGGAGAAUCAAACCUGGGAGCGAAGUGCAUGGGAUCAUGAGACAUGGGAUCAGCGGGUGUGCCUGCAGAGCAUGCGCUGUGAAAGCUGCUUUUUGUGGGGUUCUGUUAGGGUUCUCGAUCUGGCUUAUGAAAAGAGAGUAACAGUGCGAUACUCUCUCAACAAAUGGCUUUCUUACCAGGAGUCACAUGCUCUAUAUGCUGCUCGACUGUGCCAUGGCGGAUCGGGUCACCCUGGCACAGAUCUCUUCACCUUUCGUCUCCCUCUGCCACAACUGGACCAACCACAGGCUUCAUCACUAGAGUUUGCCAUUUGCUAUCAAGUAGGGGAUGAGGAGUUCUGGGACAACAACAAAGGCAGAAAUUACAGCCUUGUUCGACCAGAAACUAGGUCUCCUCGAACUCAGGAAUCUGAGGAUGGAUGGAUUCAUUUCAUAUAAGAGAAAGGACGAGAUGCCUGCCUUCAACAUUACUGAGCGAUUGCCCUUUGUCUUAAAGUAUCACCACAGACUAAAAAGAGAGGAGAAGUAAGAGCCACUACUGGGCAAGAAGGAUUGGAGACCAUACUAGAAGAAGAGUAUUGCUUGGCUAAGGAAUAAAGGGCUAUAACCCGGAGCAACUGAUCACACCUUUACAUUCCUUAGUUUGACCUGCUUUGGACAUCUGAUUUCUGGUGACUACAGAAUACAUAGAAAUAUGUGACUAUUUUCUGUAGCAGGCCUGCCUAAUAUAUUGGGACUGUAUAGAUAAAGUACAAGGCGGGCGGCUUCCCUUCUGCCUUACAUGUGCUCACUAGUGAACGUCACACUUUAGUUAUCUAUUAGUUAUGGAGAAACAUUGCUUUCAACGGGAACUAUGGAAGUGGUUGGGCUAUGGGUAAGUGUCUCAGCCCACACACCUACAGGUUGACCUAUGCCCUGGACUGAGGACACAGUAAUGCAUAGGACGACUGUCACAUAGAAUUUUUAGGGUUGCUGCCUUUCAUGAUCUGUCUAGGGAAAAAAAAAGAACACGGCCCAACGAUUGACUAAAUUAGAAUGUGUUUUAUUUAGGCGCCGUUCCCAUCUGCAUCCUUAUCGCAGUUUCAGUCACAUUUGACGGAAAAAAUAGUAAUAAUACCUCAGUAAUUAAUAUUUCUGGAAGGGCCCUAGUCUUCAUAUUCUGCAAGAACGUGAUAAAAGAAGAGGGGAAAACAGAAAACAAUGGGGUCGGUCAAGAAAAUAUUAGUUUACAUUUUUAUUGCGGUAUGUUUUAUCCAAAAUUGCCUGUACUUAGUGUAAAAUGACAGUAGGGAUUUCCAAGGUUUUAUGUUUGAUCAUGGUUGUGUAUGACCUUGCCUUAUCUGUGCCCUUAAAAUAGCUGAAUUGGCAGGACUGGCUCCAUUGGGGCACUAGCCUCCACCAGACUCUAUC